GAGAGAGAGGGAGAGAGAGAGAGGGAGCGAGGGAGAGAGCGGGAGAUUAACUCCUGACAAGAAAAAAAGAGUAGUGUGGGUGCACUAGAGCCACUCUCCUUGAGUCCAAGUAGAGCCAGUUUGGAUAGUGGUGACAUUGGAGCCUCCAUAGGUCAGAUCUCUCUCUCUCUCUCCACUCUUCGGUGGGGUGUGAGCAGAGCCCCAGACCCCCUUCAAAGGGCUGUAACGGUGGCAGCUAAGUCUAGAUGAUCCAGGUGGACUUACACCAGGGGCUCCAGUGGACAGGGGCACAGGCAGAGAGAGGACACUUUCAUUUGUUCCAGAUGAAACAUUUGGCUUCCCAGAUCUUGUUACCUUAACUGGACUUUGCGAGGAUGUGAAAAAAAUGGAUUGCAUAUUUUUCGGGGAGGUGACGAGACUCCAGAUCAAAUUGGAAUGCUGAGAGGUACCUCUGACCAGCCUAGGAAUAGAUGUACCAAUGGAUGAUUUCAUGAGGAUUGUUCCAUACACUCAGUAACUGCAUCCCAUAUCUAAAAGGCUGUCACUUGUUGAACAUGAAGUGUUCAGAACCAUGAGCACCAACCCAAAGAAAAUGACGGAAGGCGGCACACACCUCAGUCGGGCCAAAGUUUCCCAGGACCAGGUAGUUCCGGAAACAGGGGACCCAGAUCGAACCCCGCCGGUGUUCGUGCGCAAGCUCCGCAAGGCUGCAGUGGGGACAGGGUGUGAUAUCCGCCUGAGGGUGUCUGUGAGGGGUCAACCUGCCCCCUCUCUGUUUUGGUACCGUAACAAUGAUCUCCUGGCCCCGCCUGGGGAGAAGGAUGUUGGGGGUCUGUGGAUCAGGGAUUGCAAGGCCAGUGAUGCUGGUCUCUAUACCUGCGUAGCCAGCAACUGCCUGGGGGAGGCUCAGAGCAGCGCCCUGCUUGCCGUUAUGGACCUGGGAGAAGAGGACCGGACACUCCACCAAGACGUUUGGAAGGUUCACCCAUGCGAAGUUUUCCGCUCCUGCCGAAAGCAAAGCUAUGACUCUGAAACCACAGAGGAUGAAGCCACGGAGCCCCAGGUACCCAUGGAAACCAAGGAAGGACCUGGCGGGCGGCACCAGGACAAGGCUGGCCGUAGAGUGCCUGCAGGUGAAGGAUGUAGGAUGAUGGACUCCAGCCCUGACCGGAGGGCCACCCUUCCUGGGGGCCAUGACCCAGUGGUGGAGAGGGAGCUCAUGGCUUUGGGCUCGCGGCCCCCAGGGGCCCAGGAUCCAACACACCCCGGCAGGAUCCCAUCUCCUUCUCUCCCCCAAACCCAAACAGGCCCAUCCUUCAGUCCUGCCUCACCCCAGUCCAGUCAAACUGUAUCCCAACCCACAACAUCCCUCAGCUCCCAUAAGAACAGUGUCACCUCACACAAUACCCAAGACCCUUCCCUAGGAGGAGCUGUGGUCAAAAACAAACUCCCGGGGAUGUUUUCAGGAGCCUCCUCCCAUACUUCAAGCAGCGGCAGCAGUGGUGGCAAGACACCCAAACUGGCCCGUGCCGCACCCAAGAUCUUUGACAAGAUCAAGGAGUUUGAACAAAAGGUGAGUGAGGUGAGUGCGGGGGUCAGAUCUGGGCGCUCUUUCGGCCGGGCGGCAUCCUGCGAUCUGGAGGGGGUCUCCAAAGAGGAGGGGACAAGCCAGCCGGAUGUCGCGGCCUUCAGGCGCUCCAUGUUUGGAAAGAAGAGGGCCUCGUCUCUGGAGGACAAACCAAGCUACCAGCAGAGGGUCCAGAGCUUCCAGAACAAGUUCACAGAGGAACUGGCCAGGAUCAAGAAGCUGGUGGGGAGGCCCAACCUGAAGAAGGCCUACUCCACCGAGCAGUUGCCUCAGACAGAGAGCCGGUCCGUGGGCAAGCUGGAGCCCAUUCCCCCUCAGGUGGUCAAGAAGCUGGAAGAGAGGGAGAAGGUCCUGGAGGAGAGAGGACUAAUAGGGAAGAGCGUUGAAGAGAGUGUUUCGUCCCGAAAAUCAUCGCAAUCCCAUGAGAAGGGUCUGACAGAUCAAAGGAAUGUUCCGCAACGGGAGCAGCAUGAUUCAGCUUCAGCAUCAGCUCAGCCGUCUGAGUCUAAAAGUGUGGGGAAAGGCUCUGUUUCCAUGGAGACAGUACUGGUUAACCAGUUACCAGGACGACGAUCACCCUCAUCAAGAGUCAUGCGGAAAAGCCCAACCAGGGAAGUCCUUCGGAGCUCUCCCGCAGCAGCGAAGCCUCCACACACGGCCGAGGAACAACCACCUGUAUCUCCAACACCCAAAGGGCCUUUGGCUGAUAAAGAGCUGGAGCAGCCUCCACCCAGGAUGGACCACCCCGGGUCUCCAACCCCCACCGCACAAAGAGCACCGCCUACCUACCCCAAAGGGCCUUCCUCUCCUAAAGAGCUUGAGAAACCUCUACACCACCGCAGGCCUCCAAGCCCCAGGUCUCCAAGCCCCACCAUGCAGAGAGGACCAUCACCGACCCCUGCCAAAGAUCCAGCCUCCGCCUAUCCCCCCAUGCCCCCACGACUGUCCCCCACCCCCAUCUCCACCCCUUCCAUCAGCCCUCUAACGAAGAGACGGAAGGGAGAGCUGGGGAGGACGUCUCCCGCGCUGAAGAUGACCAUUCCUACCAUCCUGGUGGAGGACGAACUCAUGGAAAUGGAAGAGGAGGAGGCCGGCGAGAAGAGAGAGAGAGAAAAGACGAGAAGAGCAGGGAAGCGGGAGGGCAGGGCUUCCAAGACUCAGAAGAAGGGAAAAGUCUCGGGAAAGUCUUGGGAAAGUCAGCCUAUGUCUCCUGAGACAGAAGACGAUUCAGAUGACUCUUACAUGUCGACAGAUGAGGGUCCAGCUGAGAAACCAGCGUUUGAGAGGCCCCUGGGGGACACCAUCGCCACCGCUGGCUCUGAGGUCCUGCUCAAAUGUGUCAUCACUGGCAGCCCCCUCCCAACAG